AUGGACGCUGUGGAGUCCUCUUCGUCCUACUCGCCACCGUCACUGCGCCACAAGCUGCGGACCACCGUGUGCGGCUGCUUCGGCUCGCCGUCGUCGCAGGGUAGCGGCGGGGAGAGGCCACAAAACAGCGGCAGGGCCAGGUGGAGGAGGCGCGUGGCGGCCGCGGGGGAGUUCAGGUACGACCCGCUCAGCUACGCGCUCAACUUCGACGACGGCGCCAGCGGCAGUGAUGACGGCGCGGAAGCAGAGGACGCGGCCUUCCCGUACCGGAACUUCAACUCGCGCCUGCCGCCCUCGCCGGCGCCGGCGCCGGCCUCCCGAGCCGUCGCCAUCGCCUGA